GUGUGAGCCCUCACAUGUGUUUUGGAGCUGUGAGUAAGCACGUAUGCUAAUAAAAAGGCUGCGCGUGUAUUUUCCGGUUGCCGAGCACGGAAAAUGACUCGCCGCCAUCCUUGGGCAAUUUGCUACACAGAAACCAAGCAAAAGAAUCGGCUGCUGGUUUAGCUAAACAAUGUUUACAAGCUGUAUUUUGGCGAUGAACGGUGUGACGGGGGUGGGAUAAUAAAUCCGUUCCCCGUCUUUUGCUAUGUACUACACGUCCCAGAAUGCCUCCCUCCGGGAGUCACCGCCCACUUUUUUCACGUGACUCCCUCGGACCAAUCCGAAGUGUCGUUACAGGCGCAAUGCGGCUGUUGCGAUGUAAGGAGCAAUGGCGACGGACGAACGUAUCUGGAGGCAGAAAUGGAGCCACGCUUGUCCAAAGGGAACCUUCACAGCUGCCAAACAGGGGGACGCCCGCUCCAAGGCGGCGGGGCCCGCCUCAACCCCGUCCUUCCUCUCCAACCUGGGGAGGGCCACCCUGCGCGGCAUCCGCAAGUGUCCCCGCUGCGGCGUCUACAACGGCACCCGGGGACUCAGCUGCAAGAACAAGGCAUGCGGGAUAUCGCUCCGGAACGCCACCCCGGGGACCAAGGGGGGGCGGAAGGGCUCCGUGGAUGCGGUCCGAGUGAUCAUCGACAGUGAGGGGCGAGACGGGAGGGAGCGGGACCACGACGAAGCCAGCGGCAUUCAGGUGUUCUCCGUGCGCCACCGAGGACGAGGAUGCGGCCGGCUAGGCUUUGUGGAGCUGUCACCCACCGACGCCGCCAUCUCCACGGGCCAGCGGGACCCCGCGCUCUCUCAGAUCAACAUGGGCCGCUGCUUCGUGCCGGCCUGCGGCCAGGGUUCAAAGUCGGACCGGUCCGAAUCCGGCUCGCCCGAUGCCCUUUGCGUCCACAUCAAGAGCGCCAUCGAGUGUCACCGCUGCGCCGUCCCCCUCAGCGUCAAGAGCUCCGCCCUGGAGGCGUUGACGGCCUCCGUGCGCGCCAAAGAGGAGCUGUGGAGCCUGGCCACCGAGUCCCCGGGCCCCCUGGUGCAGCGAGUGUCCGGCGACACGCUGGUGGUCAAGUGCCGGCCGGAUGCCGCGCACCCCCUGGGCCUUCUGCACCUGACCGUCGGCGCCGGACCGUCCGAGGCGGCGAAAGGCGCCAGGAGGACUCGGGAGGCUGUCAUCGCACAGCGGCAAGCGGCCUUUCACUGCACCUGCCGCCCGCGGAGAGUCGAGACGACGUGCGCCGCCACCGACUUGGACCCUUUGCGCCCGUGCCUGCACUUCUAUGCCUGCGUCUGCGCCUUCGCCAGCGACGAAAAACUGGCGUGCGAAUUUGCCACCUUUAUCGACCCCGCAACAACUGGCAUUCUACCUCCCCCGACCGGCAGAGUCCUCGUUCCCUGCGAGAGGCCCCCUCCUCUUCCCGCGGAGGUGAUCAAAUACCCUCACAAAGCCAAGAAGCCGCGCCCGGACGAAGCUCUUUCGGGUGGGGGUCAGGUGGCGGACGAGGCCUCCGUGUCCAUGAGUUUCCGCCAGUGGUUGGCCAGCGUCACAGAGAGGAUCCAGCAGACGAUGCACUACCAGUUUGACGGGAAACCCGAGCCUCUGGUGUACUACAUUCCGCAGCACUACUUCAAUGCCCUGCAGGCUCGCCUGUCGCCGGGCUCCAAGAGGCGGCUGCCCAACUUCACCACAGUGCUGGUGAGGAAUGACGGCGUCCCUCAGGGCUCCAUCUCCAAGUACACCUGGCACAUCACCAACGUCGCGCAGGUCAAACGCAUCUUUGACACCCCUGAGUUGCAGUUGGAGCUCACUCAGAGUUUCGUUCGGAACAUGGAUGGUUCCUACUCCCGCUUUCACUGUCCCGAACCUCCGCCUGAACCCGAGCCGCCGGAUGGCAUCAGGGCGGAUAGGACGCUAGCCAUUCGUCCCAUGGAGCUCCGGACCUUCCUCAAAGUUGGGCCCACCUCGGAUGACCCAGACGACCCCAGCCCUUUUGUCAUCGAGUGGACCCCCGAAGUGCUCCCACGCUGUCACAUGGGCGAGCUGAGGAUCCUCUUCCAGUUUGGACAUCAGCAGAGCGGACAGCAAUCGGAAUGUCCCGCGAAAGACGAUUACGGCACCACUGGACUCGUCAAAAGUGAGCCAACAUCAUCAAAUUAAUUUUUAAAAAUGACGAUAAGAGAUGAAUAAAUAUAUGCACUUUGGGCUUCAACCAGAAAAUAUUUCACCAAUAAAUCGGUCUAUUUUGCUGA